AUGGAAAUUAAUAGAGCCGAAAACGGUGAGCAUAUCUCAUUACACGAAAAGGGGGGGAAUGAUCUCUGUUGGGGUGCAGACACUAUUAGACCCCACCAAUAUACUGAUAAAACGACAGCUUCCUCGCUUUUACCCCGUUCAAAAAAACAAAGUUUGAAAACAACAGAUCAAAAAUGGAAAGGACUUUCCGAACAACCUAAUAAAAACAAAAUGCUUUUGUCCCAUGAAAAAACACUAUAA